AUGGCCCUCCUUGGGGAGCUAUAUGGUUGCUACGGCUGCCUCCGGCUCAGAAAAGCCGAUCGAUUCGCAGACAACCAACUAAGGAAGAAAAGACGACGGUUUGGGGCAGAAUCCCUGAAGCGCUUCUGCAUCGAGUGUGGUCUAGAGGUCCGCGAGGGAAGGCUCCCUGCUGUGCGCUACGUCAAAGGCAAUCAGAUCGACAUCCAGGGCGUGGCGCAUGUCAUAUGCAUGAAAUGUGGUAUUUUUGCGCUGAGAGGAAACGAGAAAGGCUACGAGGCAACAUGCGCUGGCUGUUGGAGACCAUUCCAAGAAGCAAGAAGGCAGGCGCAGGAAUUGAGAAUGCGUGAGGAGCAGUUGAAGUCGCGGGCCGAGCGAGCACAGCGACAGGAGCGAAGGCGGAGGAUCUUUGGUUCUUCCAGCGAGGAUAGUUGCUCCCCGUCCCCGACGCCAAGCGAGAAAUUCAUGGAGGAGCAAAUGUACAUGAUCCAGGCCGAGGCAGACAUGCAUAUGAACAGCCCGGGGCCGGGUUCCGAUUAG